UAAAAGUAUAACAGUAUUAUCGGUAAACUGUGUAAAAAUGGGCCUAUUAAGGAAGGCACUGAAUUGUCUAAGGACUUUGUUAAAUAGGACGUCUGUACAAAAAUCCCAACCCUAUGCUGAUCAGGAUAAUGAGACCCCUGUUGGGACUUUUGCUGCAGAUGGUGGUAAAGUUAGUGGUAGUGAGGCAAGGAAAAAAAAGAAUACGAGAAAGGGGAAGAGGUUUUGGAGGUGGCACUCAAGAAGAAAAAAGUACAGUGUCGCUAAGGUUGAGAAGCUGUACAAGACUUCUGUAUCGGAAACAGGAACAUACCGGAGUCAUAGUCAAGGCCUCAAGGAACUGAUCUCCAUUGAUGAGUACACUGAAGAAGUCCUCCAACCUGCGGUCCUCAACACAUCACAUUUGUUGGCGGUACAAAUUUGGUGGCAGGCUGGGUGAAGGAGGAUUUGGAUCAGUUCGAAAAGGGACUCGCUAUAAGGAUGGUCUUAAGGUGGCUGUAAAAUAUGUCCUAAAGUUGAAACAUACAACAUAUAUCAGCACUCCUUUUCACAACAAACCCCUUCCUUUAGAGAUUGCGUUGGCAGUCAUCAUCAAUAGGAAACCCAACUGUCCACAUAUAGUUGAAAUGCUGGACUGGCAGGAUGAUCCAGACUACUACUAUAUUGUCAUGGAGCGCCCUGUGCCAAGCAUGGACAUGGGAAAAUUUCUGAAAUGCAGCGGAGGUGUCCUCAGCGAGCAGAUAGCACAGUACACCAUGUGGCAAGUAAUUUAUGCCGCUAACUUUUGCUGCUGUCGUGGCGUUUUCCAUCGUGACAUCAAGCUGGAAAACGUGCUCGUGAACCCGACAACUUUGGAGAUCAAAUUGAUCGACUUCGGGUGUGGGGACCUCAUGAAGGAUUCAGGCUACAGCGCCUGCUGUGGUACAAAACCUUACUUCCCUCCAGAAUAUCAUGACAGAGGCAGAUAUCAUGCAAAGCCCGCGACAGUGUAUUCAUUAGGGGUGCUCCUGUUUGCAAUGCUGCAUGGGCAUUUUCCAACAGCCAGAGACUUGUACUGCUUGGGCAACAACCAGUCUGUAUUUGCGGUGUCACAAGAAUGCAUCCGUUUUUUAUGGGCUUGUCUGCAGCGUCAUCCAGAGCACAGGAUUCCCCUGGAGCAGAUGCUUUACCAUGACUGCUCCUGCGAUGGGUAGGGGGGCGUCCCAUCCCUGUGCGUUGAGCCGACCAGAUGAACUAGUUGUUUCCAGUGCUGACGGUCUUGUGCCAGCUGCUCUGCAUCCUCCACAGCAAUUCCAUGUUGUUGGAGGUCA